AUGAACGCCACGUUCGUCGCCCUUCUCCUGUGCGCCUGCGCCGCCGUCGUCCUGGCUGGCGACUUCGGUCAUGGCUUCGGCGGCUACGGCGGAUUCGACGAAGGCCACAGCUACGGCUACCACAAGACCGUUCCAGGCCCCUCGUUCCUGGUCAAGACUGUGCACCACGUCAACAAGCUCCACCAGGGCGCGCACCUCGUCGGCGGACACUACGGACACGGCGGAUACGGAGGCGGAUACGGAGGUGGCUACGGAGGCGGCUUCGGCUUCGGAGGCCUCAAGCACUGA